CUUUCCUGAAUAUGAGCGCUAGUCUGAUAGAAACCCUGCAUCUGUACAUGUUUGAAUUGACCUGGAGACCUGAUCGGAUUGAAAUCCUACCACACACACACACGAUCCGACGAAAAUCAAGCGAGAGAGCCGUCAAGAUGCUGCGUCUGCAACUCCUGUCUCGGGGCGGCGUCUCCCUCGCGCGAAUAGCUGCUGCUUCGACGCGGACCAUGGCAACGGCAGCGAAUGUCAGUAACGGUUGUCAAAGGAGCGAGAGAAAAGUUUGCAUCCAGACAUCAAAGCGCAUGUUUACCAACCAGUUCAGACUAGCAUCCACCUCUUCUGAUGCGGCACGAAAGGCCCAAGUGCUGGUGGCUGCAGCUGAGCCAGAUGGUGAAGCCGCCAUGUUGAAGAUACACUGGGGGGAUAGCAAGACGGACAUAUACCCGUUUAUAUGGCUUCGUGACAACUGCCAGUGUCCUCAGUGUUUUGCCAGCUCCAGCCUCUCGCGCAUAAUCCUGCUCCAAGACCUCUCACGAGACGUUCAUCCCACUGGCUUUCAAAAAGCAAACAGUAGAAGCCAGAGACCCUUUAGAAUAAUUAGUUCCCCCUUCCCCCUGACCUCCUGGGAAAAACCCCCAGUCUUCCCCCAAGUUCUUGCAGGAUGUGGGGACCCUUGGGGUAGCAUCGGAAGGAUUCUCCCGCGAGAAAAUGGGGAGCUCGAACGCCUGACGGAAAAGAAUUUGGGCCACCCUGAAGAAACACAUUACCCGGGAAAUUUUUUAUGA